AUGGGUGGGCCGCGGCGCAUGUCCAGCGCGCUGCUGCUCCACUUCGCACUCCUCUCGCUCCCGCCAGCUGGUGCUUUCAACGCUACAGCAUAUCGGGAAGAAGUGGAAUCUUCGCUGCGGUUAGUGCAUGCAGUUGCCACAGGUGCCACAGGAGCACUUUGUGUGACUCAUAGGUACGGCCGCUUGCGUGCACCCUUGCACGCUGCAAGAUGGGAUGCCGCAAGAGCUAGAGUUGAUUUGGCCGCCAACUUGCUACAUCAGCUCGGCCUAGAAAAUGCUGAUGUCUUAACAGCAGUCUCUCAAAGUUUAGUAAUGGGAGCUAGUUCCUCAGAACGUGCGGUAGGAGCCCGUGCUGUAGCUUUACAACCUGACGGCACAGUCCAAGGUGCAAUAGCAUGGGAAAGGUAUGGUGCGGGUGAACCAAUAGCCGUACCAUCACCACAAAUGGACAAACCUCCUGAUCCUGAAUACCCAUGGUAUGUAUCAGCUUAUCAAACAGAAGAACUUAGAUCAUCUAAGUUUAUGCCCUCACCACCUGGAGCUGCAAUGGGUGGCUGGUGGACAUAUCCAUAUUAUAGCUGUGAAGCUGAACGUUGGCUAUUAUCAUACACGGCUCCAGUAUCAAAAGUUCGAGGGUUAAGUGGCGUUGUGUCAUUGGAUAUCGAUAUAUCUAAUUUAGAGAUCAAUCAAUGUGAGGCAAAGAUUGAUGAUGAAAAUUAUAACCAAAUUUAUUCCUUUCAUGGAACUCACAAGUGUCCUAAUGACACUACUUAUUGUACAUAUAAACCGAAUCGUGAAAUGAGUACAAGACAUGCCGGAUGGGCACGAGGGUCAUACAUUUGUAGAUGCAGACCAGGGUAUUAUUCCUUACAUCAUCCUGAAGGAUUUAAUGGUACCCUAGUUGAAGUGGCAUUUCAAGAGUAUGAGGAAGGUGGCUUAGAAAAUUGGAGUGAACCUUAUGAAUGUUUAAAGUGCCAACCAGGUUGCGAUACAUGCAGAGGACCAGAAAUCUGCCUUGCCACAUAUAACUGGCCAUUUCGGAUAUCUCUUCUGGUAAUAUCCGUAUCGUGUGCGGGAUUGACAGUCUGCCUCACUAUCUACACAAGACACCAUCGUCGUGUGAAGGUGUUUCGAGUAGCAAGCCCUGUCUUCCUUUCUAUAACAUUACUAGGAUGUGCUAUAAUGUAUAUGGAAAUGGCAGCCAUAUUUCCUGUUCUUGACAGGUAUUCUUGCAUUGCCACAAAGUGGACUCGCCACAUGGGAUUUUGCAUCACAUAUACCGCAUUACUUAUGAAAACAUGGCGAGUAUCUCUCACUUACCGAGUGAAAUCUGCACACAAGUUAAAGCUAACUGAUAAACAGUUACUUCAAUGGAUGGCACCAAUUUUACUUAUUAUGCUUGUUUACCUCUGCACAUGGACUCUGUCUUCACCACCUGAUGCUGAAGUAAUAACUGAUAAUUUAGGAUUAAAAUUCAAACAGUGCACCUACAACUGGUGGGAUCACAGUUUAGCUAUAGGAGAAAUCUUGUUUCUGCUGUGGGGUGUGAGAGUAUGCUACCGAGUUAGACAUGCCGAGAGCCUGUAUAACGAAGCUCGUCUAAUAUCCAUCGCAAUAUACAACAUAUUUACAGUAAAUUCACUAAUGAUCGCAUUUCAUUUACUUAUACUGCCGCGGGCCGGGCCUGAUAUCAAAUACCUCCUAGGCUUCAUAAGAACACAACUGUCCACAUCAACCACAGUUUUACUAGUGUUUCUACCAAAGGUGAUGCGGGUGGUGCGCGGCACGGGCGACACGUGGGACAGCCGCGCUCGCGCCCGCGGCGUGCCGGCCUCCUCCUCGCUCAACGGCAUCGGCCUGGUGCCCGACGACCCGCCCGACCUCUACCAGGAGAACGAGGAGCUCAAGGAGGAGGUGCAGAAGCUCGCGGCCCAGAUCGAGUUCAUGAAGAUCGUCCAGAUGGAGAUGCACAACCGGCACCUGCGGCCGCGGCCCGGCGGCUACUUCAGCCAGCCGGCGCCCCACAGCCCCGCGCACGCCAACGCCACCGCACAGGUUCGACGCCCCGGCCGCGUGUUCGGAUUUCGGAGCCAAAACUAUUUGUUGACCUAU